CCGAUUCACAUCAACAGCAGCAUCAGCAGCAGCGUCGGAACCACCGGUCCGGAGGCACAUGGAUCCCCAGUGAGAAGAGGGACCGCUCCGGCCAGGGGGGGUGUACAAGGUGUGCGAUGGCGCUGUGCUCCGAGGCCUGUGUUUCUGGCUCAGGAGGAGAAUCCUCCAGCAGUGAGGCGGGUUCUAGUUGUCUCCAGUUUGGGGUUCGUUCCUAUCUGCACCACUUCUACGAGGAGUGCUCGUCCUCCAUGUGGGAGAGAGACCCGGAGGAUCGGGGGUUCGUCCAAAGCCAGAGGUCAGCCCAGUGGUGGAACUCGGCAGUCUGGAAGGUGUCCUUGGCCUUGGGUCUCCUCAUUCUUACUGCAGGUAUUGCCACCCUGUCAGUAGGAUACGCCACUCCCCACAAAAUAGAGUCGUUUGGAGAGGGAGACCUGUUCUUCGUGGACACCCAGGCCAUCAGCUUCAACAGGGGGUUGCACCUCAGCUCUGCAGCCGGGAUUGGUCUCUCAUGCCUCGGCUCUGCCCUGGCCGUGAUGGGGGUAGUCGUUUGGAUCCUUCCCAGGAGCAACUUGAAAGAGAGGCUGUUCCAUAGACCAGGGGAAGGGAAAUGGAGAGGGGAGUCGGGAUCAAAGUGGAGGGGAUUUAGGGAUAUGGGGGAUGUGGUCACUAAGCCGCCAGGUGCGGAGGAGGGGAAGGUGCCCUUCACUCUGUCCAGAGUGGAAAAUGUGCAGCCCACUUCUUAAAAAAGAUCACAGCUGAGCUACAGGGCGAAUAGGCCUGUCUCGAGGCCUUUAAUUAUGCGUUUCUAAUUGGUUUAAGACAAUAAUCAGUGUCUUAUCAGCACACAAACUGUUCAUGGGGAAGUUGUUUUGAGACCUGAGAUAUAAGACAUAACAAGAUGCGAACCCAAGACCUUGUAGCUCUCCUCAUAGUGCAGGAUACAGGGACAUAGAUGUUGACCGUAGACUGUGUUUGUGCAGUGCACUCGUGUUAUAUUUAAAUACCAGUAAUACUCAGAGUAAUGCUUCAACACUCAGAGAGGGCAGGAUUCUAGUGACUGAUGGUAGAAGUGUAGACAUUCUUUUCCUCCCACUCAAUACAGUUUGUUGUAUUGUCGCUCGGUAUAUAUUUUUUUAUUAUCAAUGACUUUUUUUAAAUGUGAUAUCAGUUUUUAUUGUAGGUGGACGUCAUAUUACAUGAAUCACACAUGAAUACCAGCGUAUCCAUUCACACUAAACAGAGCGAUAUCCACAAGAGGUUACUGAUAAAAUGAGUUAUUGUUAAUUCUGUAUAUUCGUGUAUCUACACUACUGCUCAGCCCGCUGUGUUUAACACAUGUACUGUCACACGCUCUCUCACUCACCCGUACAACCACAUGCUCGAAUCUGUGCUCCAUUGACAGCAUCACCUAUUUCCUCCCCACUAUAAUCUUGCUCUGUAAUUGCCAGCAAUCUGUGUAUCCAGGCAACAGUUGGGCUUCAAGUGGUCUAUUUUGAACUCCAAACAAAGAUUUGUUUCUGAUUGGUCCUUCGCUUCCCCUCUUUUUAUUAUCACACCAGUCAGGUUUUUUGUUGACGCCAGUAGCGAGUAAGUGUUGGAGCGGUGAGGUGAGAGGAAUUUGCACUGGCGCCUUCAAGGCCACCUACCUGAUUGGGUCCUCUAGUUUGUCAUAGUAUCCAUUCUCCUAGAGAGCACAAGCUAGAAACACGUUUAAAUGAUAGAGACACUGUGAUGUACUGAUUUACAGUAACAACAUUGAUUCCACUGACUGUGAGUGCUGGUGUUUCAUUGUUUUGUUGUGUUGUUGGUUAUGAUGAAGAUAAUGGAAUACCAGGAGGUUAAGUGUCUCUCGUGCAAAGCAAGUUAACAAAAUAAACUUGUGAUCUGCAUACCUCA